AUGACCACGCAGUGCGUCCCAUUGUCUUCGUAUUCACGGCUGUACCUGUACGCACUUCAUGGUUACUUCACUGAAGUCACAUUUACAGCUGUCUGGGACCUUCUGGCCACUGGAAACCCUGAACUCCGUGGUUACAGCAGCAUCUGGAGCCUGGCUGUCUACUCAUUCUGUUGCAUGGGCCUGGAAAACAUCAGCUCCUUCCUACACAGAAGGGCCAUCCCUCUCCCCGUCAGAGCACUGGCCAACACGUGCUGGAUAUACGUUUGGGAGUUUACCUCGGGCUCUCUUCUCAGAGUAAUGGGUACAUGCCCUUGGAACUACGAGCACUUCAGGUACAACAUUUCCGGUAUAGUGACACUGGAGUACGCCCCACUGUGGUUCCUGUGUGGUAUCCUUUUUGAGCUGAUACUACGGCCGAUGGCGAACAAGCUGGCGUGGAUGAACUCGAAAGAGUCUCACACAAACGUUGGACAAAAUGUUGGCGCCGAAGCUGAUGCCGUUGAGAAUGUGCAGGUGUCAUCGAGUGCAAAGCUUGAUUGA